GCCGCGCGUCAGCUCGCUCAGCACCCGCGGCGGCGUGCAGUCGACCUUCUGCCCUGUUCCCAGUCGCCGUCCCCCUCCGAUCGCUGUUCUUCGCGCGGCGGUUGUUGUGGAUUGCGACAGCAGUUGUGUGCACGGCCACACUCUGCAGCGAGCCUUCUCAGAACCUCACAGCAAACCGCUAGACGCCCAUGCGAUAGCAACGCUCUUCGGCGCAUCGGUGCUGAAUCGCCAUGCUGCUUCCCGCUGAUCAACACGCUCCCACUCUGCACAUCCGUCAGACGAACAACAGCACCACUUCGCAGAAUGACGCAAACAACAACAAUGGCAGGAGCAAUUCCACCAUUAUCAUUAUCGUCGUUAUCGCCGUCGUAGCUGUAAUACUAGCGAGCAUAAGUGCCUACAUCGGAUUACGAUCCUUGCGCCGACGACACGAGAAUCCGAGAUAUGUACCGACGCAAUAUCUCAAGAGCCGCUGGAAGGCAUGGCGGCCCAAAGGACUGUCGACUAAGGGAAAUUACAGCUCCUCGUUGCAAGAUACAUCAUAUACACCAUCUGUGCAGAUGCAGACUGCCGGCUCAAAUGCCCGCAACAGUCAGGGCAAUCUCUCCACAGAUGUAGAGAGAGCGCAAGCAGAUGGAGCGGGCGAUGCUGGCGUAGAUCGUCAUACGAGUGUGCGCUCGGUCAUGACACUGCCAGCUUACUCCAGUUCAGCUCGUGAGAAUGAACAGGUCCUGGCUCGUGAAGGAGAGAGAGACGGAGUCGAUGUGGUACUUGAACUGCCAGAGACAGAACACGAAGAGGAGGCGCGUCGCGAAGAAGAGAUGGAGAGCCUGUUCCAAAUUCGCCAGCAACGUAGAGAGGAGGUGGCAGAACGUGAGGAUCGAAGAAGACGGCGGAAUGAGGCAAGAGCACGAGGAGAUUUCGCUGAGGUGGAGCGGAUACGACAAGAAGGCCGCGAAGCACAACGACUUCGCGAACGCGCUGGUGCAACUGCUAUGAUAGCACAACAUCAGGCUGCCAUGGGUGCGAGGGAGCGACGGGUUAGCAGCGUGAGCUACGCCGACCUGGGUGUGGCAAGGCAUGAUGGAAGCAGAAUUCGAGCAAACUCGCACGACUCCGAUAGUAGGCCUUUGCUGGACUCUGCUGCGAGCAUACACGGUGCAAGCCUGCGACCUUGGAACACACAAGAGUCCAGACCAUAUUCGACCCAUCAUCGCAACCGGUCGCAAGUAUCACAGACGGGCUCUAACAUGGACGUCUCCGAUGACGAAGCCUCGAUUGUGGACCUGGCGGAUCUACCACCAUUUGGACGAGCAGGAAGCGACUUCGAAAUAGUCACUCUGAACGGGGCCAACCACUCACGGAACGGGUCGCUAAACCAUACUCCGAUCGGCGGUCGAAGUAGAUCCUCGACCACCAACACCGCUCCCGUGCGACCUUCAAUCGAUACAAGUCAAUACAGUGGUGACCUGGGUGAUGAGCCUAUCCCGCAUGUCGAUCCUCCCACAUAUGAUGGCGGAUUCGAAGAAGCGCCACCUUAUACAUCACCCAUCGACGACCGCAGACCUGAACUGCGAAUCUCACCCGUGUCGGCGCCGAGCCCAUCAGCAGAGCAGACGGAGUCAAAUACUGGUGCGCCGUCACUACCAGCGAUCAGCCGACUACCUAGCAUCAGAAUCGCGGAGGCGACGCCUGUCGAGCCCAGGAGGACGUUCCCAGAGACUUUACGGGAAACUUCUGCCGAGCAUCGACCAGAUACAGAUACAUCUUGAACGAAGAAGAAGUGAAAUGACGGAGACAUGAGACUCGAGCAUGAUGAGCGUAACAGCGUGACAGCGUAACAUCCGUUUUUGGGAAAGCACAGGCGUACAGGAUACCAAAGGUGCGAUUUUGACGAGAAACAAGAUCUAACGAGAGCGACAUCACAUCACUAUUUUCCGCUAUGGAGACAUUCCGACUGCCCUUAAUUCGACCCCAGGAUUCUUAUUGUAAAUAGAUGACUGUCGUAACAUCGGGAAAUGAAAGGAGUGGGAGGGCGACUUCAAGAAUUUGCAUAUUCACAUGAUAUGGCAGGCUGCUAUUGCAACUUCAUUUCCUUACACAUGUCUGUAUCGUGAAUUCUUGCUAAAGAGGAGAAGGUUUC